AGCCCCAAAUUAACAACACGCAUAACGGGAGGCGGAAUUCACGGUAGGCCUACGUAUACGGAAGCAGGCAACAGGAUUCAUAUCUUAAUAUGUACAGUUGUGGCUUGUGUCCGGUGCAAAGCGAAUAUGGCUACAAGCGCAGACCCAGAGAUAGUUAUUAUAGGAUGCGGGAUAGCAGGUAUAGCGGCGGCACAGCGGCUCGUUAACGCUGGGUUUCAUCAUGUGAGGAUACUUGAAGCGACUGCAAGGAGCGGAGGAAGAAUAAAAACCGAAAGAUUGGGUAACAACAUUACAGAAAUGGGUGCAAGUUAUAUCCACGGUCCGUCUGAGGAGAACCCAGUGUUUUGUCUGGCACGUGACUAUGGCCUCCUGGCUCCAGAGGCCCUCACCCAAGAGAACCAGGCCAUGGACCUUGAUGAACGCCUUCCCUGGGUUCCCAACUGGUUCAGCAGUUCAGGUCAGAAGCUCAGUGCUGAAGACAUGAAACCUGCUCUGGAGAUGUUUGAUGAGCUAUUGGAGGAUACUUUCCAGUUUCGAAAUCAAGGAGAAAAGCCCUGGGCCAGCGUAGGACAUUUUGUUCGAUCAGAGGCACGACAGCGAGCAGCAGAGAGGUGGGCCAAUAAGGACGAAAGCACCAGGAAGCUGCUACUGUGUGCCAUCAGUGCCAUGUUGAAGGAGGAGUGCUGUGCCAGUGCAGCUCCCACCAUGGACGAGAUAGACCUGGCAGGAUAUAACAUCUACAAGGCUCUAACUGGACUCGACUGCACAUUCCCAGGUGGCUACGAAGGCCUAAUCCAGAACUUGAUGUCGGAGCUCCCCAGUGGUUUAGUGACCUACAAUCGGCCUGUUCGCUGUGUCCACUGGGACAACACAGAGAGCGGAGACAGCACUGUUACGGCUGAGUGUAAUGAUGGGGAGAGGAUCGCUGCUGAUCAUGUUAUUGUUACAGUGCCUCUAGGAUACCUUAAGAAGCACCAUUCAACCCUGUUCUCUCCUCCUCUACCUGCACACAAGCUGAACUCCAUCCAGAGACUGGGAUUUGGAACAUGCAACAAAAUAUUCGUAGAGUUUGAAUCUCGGUGGUGGGAUGCUGACUGUGAGAUAAUCUUCCUGGUGUGGGAAGAUGAGGAGGACAUUUUGGACCAGGUGUCCAACAAUUCCUGGAUAAGGAAAUUGUCAGCGUUCACUGUGAUCAAACGUUCUGAAAGCCACGUUCUCUGCGGCUGGAUCGCAGGGCACGAGUCGAAGUAUAUGGAGACACUUUCUGAGCAGGAGGUCAGACUUUCAGUCGCGGAGCUCAUCCGUACAUUCACAGGAAAUCCUACCAUCACCCCAACGGGAAUCCUCCGCUCCCAGUGGUUUCAUGACCCCUGGACAUGCGGAUCGUACAUUUACCCAGCAGUAGGCUGUGUAGUGCAGGACCUGGAGAACAUGAGGGAGCCCCUGCCUAUGAAGGGAUCACAGUCACAGCCCCUGCAGGUGUUAUUCGCUGGAGAGGCUACUCAUCCAUACUACUAUUCCACUGUCCAUGGAGCUCUUCUCACUGGGUGGAGAGAGGCUGACAGACUCAUCUCUCACUACUCCUCCAUCAGUCCAGAUUAAAAAAUUUAAAAGAGGAACACAUAAAAACUGUUUUUUAAUCCCCAAAACAUAAUGCAAUAAUACUGAAAAAAAGACCUCCAAAGAUUUUGCACAUCUGUUUCCAGGUUUUGGGGAGUACGACUGCAUACUGUAUGUGACGUAAGUUCUGAAGCACCUAAUAAUGUAAUAAAACUUGCAUUUAACUUGAUUGAAAAUGUAAUAAAACCCAAUAAUGUAAUAACUUGAGUGAUAUUUACAGAUAAUGUAAUACCUUUCAGGCUGGUUAUUGUUUUUUCUUUUUCUUUUUUCAAAAUUAAUGAUGAAAUAAUUAUGACAGAGAAGUAUGCUUUUUAUCAAAACAUUUUGAAUACUGUUAGUGUUAUGUCUGUCUAAUUAAAACACUUACAUUUGACACUGA